AUGUUAUUGCUGAUGAGAAUGAUGAUGACUGUGAUGGUGAUAAUGAUGAUGAUGAUGAUGAUGAUGAUGAUGACGAUGAUGAUAAUGAUGGUGAUAGAGGAUCACGAAUAUUAGCAGCAUUAUAA